AUGCCGCAUUGCACCUUAUAACACAUCUUAGGUUACUGCACUAACAUCCCGCAGCAGCAAAAAUGUCUGCCACAUGAACACAAAUAACACUCAACCAUCCAAAAAACGAACGUGAAGGCUAAAAAUAAGAAUAACUGUUUUGGAGUACGCCUAACUGAAGUAUGCUGAUGAAAGCAAAUCCAGAUAUAUCCCUGCCAUGUGUCUGCCUCUCUCGGUAACGUUAACCUACAUUCACAAUAAACCAGCUUCCUGUCUCCCUGCCGCAGUCAUUAAAGGGAAACGUGCAGGAACUACAUCCGCGUCCAAAACAAGUCGGCACAAAAACAUCGCGCUAGUACUCUACACCGUUCUAUACGCAAGUUUAAAAUUCGGCUCGGUUUGUCCAAAUCCCUUUUAUUGUCUCUUUUUGUAUGUCUGGUGUCAGAUUUUUCCCUCUUGCCCUCGGAGGGGGAGGAUCUAACCGCGUUGAGUCACGCAGCUGUCAAAGAUAGCUGUCACCCAGUUUCCACAUCAAACACACACAGUGAAUGAGAGACGCGCAGCCUGUCCCAGGUACCCGACAAUGUGUUGCGUCUCCGACAAAUGAAAAACGCGCUCCGCGGAGAUUCCUCGACAAACGCGAUACAUCACUCGAUACUUUGUAACGACCUGGAAUAAUACAAUCUGUGUGAUUAAAGCGAGGACGAAUCGAGGCUUUGGACAUAAAAACGACCUCCUUGUUGCCAACGUGAAAAGGGGAUUUCUGACGGACAUGAAGACCAAAAAGGGUUUGUUGGCGAUGUCUGGCAGUGAGACAGAAGAUGAGGACAGUUUGGAUGUGCCUCUGGAUCUCUCUUCAAACGGAGGUGUGUCAGGGAAAAGAAAGAGGAGAGGAAACCUGCCCAAAGAGUCAGUACAGAUACUUCGCGACUGGCUCUACCAACAUCGCUACAACGCCUAUCCAUCAGAACAAGAGAAAGCCCUGCUUUCCAAGCAAACCCAUCUCUCUACACUACAGGUGUGUAACUGGUUCAUAAACGCUCGGCGGCGGCUCCUUCCCGAGAUGCUCCGGAAAGACGGCAAAGACCCCAACCAGUUCACCAUCUCUCGACGGGGCAGCAAAGGCGGUGAGAUGCUGAGCGACAGCUCCCAGUCCCCCAAACACGGCCUGCUUGCCAACGGAGAAGACCGCAGCGGUUACGAACCCGGUUCCCCGCACUCGGCCAGCAACACACCCAUCUCCACCGCUUACCCUAAAAAGGCCCUGUCUCCCAAAACGCCCCCCUCACCUGGACCUGUCUUACCCAGACCCUCCGUUAUCUGCCACACCACCAUCACAGCCACGCAAGGUAUCGGCUCGACGGCCCAAGGCGGGCGAGUGCCCGGUUUGGGGGUCGAGGGAGCCACAGAGCUUCCGAUCACAGACGUGGUCGGCCUUUUCGGGUGUCGAGGGGGCAUCGGGGUGAGCGGAGAGGGUAACAUCAGUCCUCAAAGCGGACUGUUUAACACUCCUCCACCCACCCCACCCGACCUCACACAGGACUUCAGUGGCUUUCAGCUGCUGGUCGAUGUGGCAUUGAAGAGGGCCGCAGAAAUGGAGCUGCAGGCGAAACAGCUCCUCGCCUGAAGACGGAUGGAUGAAGCCGCUUCAUCGACGUUUGUUUCUUGCUCCCCGAUCCCAAGCCCCCGAACUCCAAACGGAGUUAAAAAACUUGACUGAGCAACCGAAAGCAAACAAGCAUGACCUGAUCAUUUCUAUUUUUGGUAAAUGUAAAUCAAAUUGAUGAGGAUUCCUUUAUGUAAAGCAUUUCAAGGUGCCUUGGCAGUCAGUUCUUUUUUUGUAUUCCAUUUAUAUGUAAAUAAAUAUGUAUCGUUUGUUUUGUACACAGGGGACCAAAACCAAAUACAGUACAACGACUUCCUGUCUUUCCUUGUUUGGAGAAGACAAGCGCUUCUCCUCGUUUCAUUCCUCACGAGUCUUUCUUUCUGUUUUUUCAGAGAUUCGGCUCUGUGAUCGUUUAUUCUGCCUCAUUUUUUAAAAACGCAUCUGACAUUGUUCAUUCUGCCUCAGUUUUU